UGCGGUAAAGUAUUUUUUUAGAGGAAAACGGCUCUCUCUCUUAUAUUAUAAUAGGAUAUAUCACAUCAAACGUACUCUAUCAAGUUUACAGAAAUUGUAAUUAAAAAGUUCGACGAGAGAGAUAUAUAUUUAAAAGUGUAUAGAAAAUUCUCUGCUAAAGAGAACAUUUAUAGUCAGGCUAUAGUCUAAAGUAAAAUCCAUAAAACCUUUUAAAUCCUAUAGAAUAUGUUCUGUCCAGCUUUUUCCUGGGUCAGGCCCAGCCGUUUUCUUGGAUCAGGCACCCUUCGCAGAUCAACUCUUGUAAAUUCCUAGAAAACAUAUAUACAAGGUAAAGAAAAGGAUAAUGAUGACAGUAUGACGCGUCGCAAUACACAUAUAUCGCUUUGUCGUACACGUUGGCGAGAUAAGAUUAUGCCAGUGCACGGCAGUUUCGUGCCUCGUGACGCAUCAACGAUGUCUAUCAAGCGCAAAAUUGUCAGAUAUCAAUGAUGAUACGUCGAAAUUAUCGCCUUUACAUUCUCCGUACAAUUUGAGCGGCUCGCCAUGACACGUAAAAUAAUUAGAACCUUAUUUACUGCUCUCGUCUUCCAAGUAGUUGUAAUUGGUGAUUCGGUGCAUUCAUCCGGAAAAUGCUCAUUGUUGUGCGACUGCGAUAUUUGGUACGGAUUGCAAUACGCCUCUUGUGUUGGACGCCAUCUUUAUAGCAUUCAUACAGGUGCGCCCAGCACCGUGCAAGCUUUGGAUUUGUCGAAUAAUUCGAUAUCUAUUUUAAAUAAUUAUGAACUAGCGGAUGCAGGAUUAUUAAAACUUAAAUAUCUUAAUCUUUCUACGAAUGCAAUUAGUGAAAUUGGCUUAAACGCUUUCGAUGGAUUAUCUGAAUUGACAGUUCUCGAUUUAUCCCAGAAUCAUCUUUAUUACCUUUUGUCAGAUAUUUUUAUAUCAGCAAAGAAUUUGCGAAUUCUCCGAUUGUCAAAAAAUAAUUUCAACUCUCAUGUACCAAAGUUGAAGUGUUCUUGGCUCACGGAUUUAAUUCUGAGUUCCUGUCAAAUUAGCUAUAUAUCGAUGGAUGCGUUUAUCGGACUCUCGCAUCUUCGUAAUCUUGAUCUUUCAAAUAACUUGAUGAUUCAAUUGGGCAGUAAUGUCUUGGACAAAUUGCAAUUUUUACGAAUGUUAUCAAUAGAGGGGAAUCCCUGGUCUUGUAAUAAACUUAUGCGAGAUCUGCAGAUAUAUUUGGCCCAUAGGAAUAUACAAUAUUAUCCAAUAUGUACAAAAAAUUUAGAGCCAAAGAAAUUUGAGAAAAUGAUUGUUUACAAGCCACAGAUAAAACAUGAGAAGCAUCGUCCCUCGAUAACUUUAGAUUCAAACAUUAAAAAAAACAUGAUAACGACAAAGAAGUAUCCUGAAUUUACACCCAUAUACAAAAAUACGACUACUUGUGUUAAUGCGACAAACAAGGCGAAUUUUACGAAAACAUUAAAUGCUAUAUCGCCGUAUUGGUUCUUGGUACUUGGAUUUUUACUUGGUAGCGCCUGUGGCAUGUUUACGUGCUAUAUUUGGCUCACAAGGAAGAUAUCUUGCUGCCGUGGCUAUCGCCGGCGAAGAAACAACGAUGCUCAAAGAAUUUCGUUACUGCAAAGUUUAUGGCAGUUUGAAGAUUCUGUCUUCCACGAAGAUACGAUAUCUUGUCCUGGUACUCCACCGCCACCAUAUCGUGAAGUCAUGCUGCGACCGGGGCUUUAUCGUAAUCCACCCGUUACAACAAACUUAAAUAAUAAUGCCACAAACAGUACAGGAUAUAAUUAGGUUGUAAGUAUAACGUUAUAAUAUUAUCGAUUUAUAAAACGACGUUGGUACAUAAAUGUAGAAUGUUGACAGUAUUCGUCUAUCAUAUUGCUUACGAAAGAAUAUUUAGCAAAGUAUGAUUUGGUGAGAUAAAAUAUAAAUUCUUUUCUAAAUUAUAAGUUAUGUAUUUAAUAGAUUUAAUAGAUUAAUACACACAUAAAAUUAGUUUGAAGAGUUUAAGUUUCGAGAAAGAGUUUGAUACAUGUUAAUGCAACAGAUGUUAUUUCAGACUUUCCAUUAGAACUAAAAAAAGAAAUAAAAAAAUAAAAAAGAUAAAUAAAUAAUAAUUUAGAUUGUUUUUAUAUGCCAAUCGGCGAAUUAAUACAAGAGUUCCAAUUAAAAAAUAUAUUGCGUUUAUAUAAUAAGCUUAACUCAUUAUAAUAAUGCAAUCAAUUGAUUGGUAUAUACAUAUAUGUAUAUAAAUGUGUGUGUGUGUGUGUGUAUAUAUAUCAUACUUUCAAUGAUGUCAACAGAAAGAAUCAUACGUAUAAUGUUUUACAUUCUUAAUAAAUGAACAAUGCAUUGAUAUGAUAACUGUAUAUUACUGAAUAAAAACUUUUUAAAUUUU